AUGGAAGCCAAUGGUUUCUCUGGUGGCCUCUGGCUACUUUGGAAUAGAAACAAGUAUACUAUUGACAUCAUCGAUACUACCUUUCAAUCUAUUUCUGUGAGACUUCCUAGUAUGCUUGUGGGAGAUUUCAAUGAGCUGUUGUCCUACUCUGACAAAAUUGGUGGAUCUCAGCACUACAAAUUUGGUGGUAUGCAUGAUUGGGUGAAUAGAAAUGGCCUAAUUGAUAUGGGUUACCAGGGUGCUGAUUAUACUUGGAAAAAUAAUUUUGUUAAAGAAAGGCUUGAUCGAGGGUUUUGUUCCUGUGAUUGGAGGCUCCUAUUUCCUGAUGCUUGUAUUAUGCACUUAGCUAGAAUGAAAUCUGAUCAUUGUCCUAUCCUUGUCAAGCUCAACCAUAGUAGCAGGGCUACAAGAAAUUCUCCCUUUAGGUUUCAUGCUAUGUGGAUGCAGCAUGACAGUUAUGUGGAUAUGGUCAACGAAACUUGGAAUAACUGCCCUGGAGAUCUGCAGGAUAAGACUACUACUCUUGCUAACUCUAUGAGCAUCUGGAAUAAAGAAGUUUUUGGUAAUAUUUUUAAGCAAAAGAGGACUCUCUUGGCCAGACUUUGUGGUAUUCAAAGAAGCUUGGGGAGGCAGACUAUUCCUUUUCUUGUGAACCUUGAGAAGGAGCUGAUAUCUCAAUAUGAGCAAAUUAGGGAUGCUGAAGCCCUCUUUUGGAGGCAAAAAUCUAGAGAUAAGUGGCUGUGUGAGGGGGAUAGAAAUACUAAGUUCUUUCAUCUAACUACAAUGAUCAGGAGGAGAAGGAAUAAGAUUGAUGGCCUAUUUGAUGCUACUGGAGUUUGGACUGAUAACCCGACUAGUAUGAAGCAAAUUGCGGCUGACUUUUUCAAGAAGUUAUUUACGGCUGAAGUUGAUCAUGACCUGAGAUUUCACAUCCCUUGGCUGUUCCCUAGUAUCGAUAAUCAUAUUAUUCAGCGGAUGAAUAGGCCUAUUUCUGAUCAGGAUGUGCAUGAUGCUUUGUUUAAGAUUGGAAGGUUAAAAGCCCCUAGAGCUGAUGGUUUCCUUGCCUUGUUCUACCAAAAACAUUGGUCUCUUUGCUCCUCUGAGAUCAUCAAUGUUGUUAGGACUGCUUUUCUUAUUGGUAAAAUUCCUACUGGCCUUAAUCAUACCUUGAUUACUCUGGUCCCUAAAACACAAGCUCCUCAAUACAUGAAUCUCUUUAGACCUAUUAGUCUAUGUUGUACUGUUUACAAGAUAAUUUCCAAAAUUAUUGUUGGAAGAAUUAGACCUAUGCUUGGGAAAUGGAUUAGCCCUAAUCAAGUUUUGUAUGAGCUUCAAGUUCCUGAUUUGCUUGUCAAACUCAUUAUGAGCUGUGUCUCUACUGCUAGCUAUCAAGUCAUUGUUAAUGGGGAGCUCUCUGACUCUUUCAUUAGUGGGAGAGUUGUGGAAACCAAUCCAAUCCUCCCAGGCUGGACCUUUUGUGUCUCACCUAUUUUUUGUGAUGACCUGAUUUUAUUUGCUGAAGCUAGCACUAAUCAGGCUAUGGUUUUAAAGAAGUGUAUGGAUUUGUUUUGUGGCCUGUCUGGUCAAUCUGUCAACUUUGAUAAGUCUCUAGUGUAUUGCUCUCCUAACAUAAAGAGCGCUACUGCGAAGGCCAUUAGCAAGAUCUGUGGUUCCCCUCUUACUGAGGACCUUGGUGUUUAUCUUGUGCAGGCUAGAUUGGCCAGUUGGAAGGGUAAAGCCUUGAAUAUGGCUAGUCGAUUGACUCUCAUUCAAGCUGUCAAUUCCUCAAUUCCUAUUUAUGCUAUGCAAAUAGCCAAGCUUCCUGUUCAGAUUUGUGAUAAGCUGGAUAAGCUCAAUCGUGACUUCUUAUGGGGUGAUACUGAGCAGAAAAGGAAGGUACAUCUUACCAAUUGGGACUUAGUUUGCAGGCCUAAGUGUAUGGGGGGCCUGGGAAUCAAGAAGACAAUUGACAUGAACAAAGCUAUGCUGGCAAAGGCAAGUUGGAGAGUGGCUCAGAAUGAUCAGGGUUUAUGGAACAAGAUUUACAAAGCUAAGUAUCUGCACUCUGAUUCUAUUACUCAUGGAAGUUUCAAAAAGCCUCUUAAUUGUUCCAAUACUUGGUCUGGAGUUGUGUAUGGUGCUAACCUUUUAAGGAAAUGGCUCAUUUGGAGAAUUGGAAAUGGUGCUUCUAUCAAAUUUUGGUUUGAUAUGUGGUCUCCCUGUGGUGUUCUCAGCACUUUUGCUUUAGACCGUACUCAUAUUGAUACGGCUGCUACUGUGCAUGAUUUUUGGAUAAAUAAUGAGUGGAAUCUGCCUGUAUUAUAUGCAAAUCUUCCUGCUGAGAUUGUGGAUAAAAUUAUUGUCCUCCCCAUUGCUAAUAGUUAUAGGCCUGAUCGUCUUAUCUGGAGUGGCACUUCCUCGGGUGUCUUCUCGGUGAAGUCGGCGUACAAGCUUCUUUGUGAUGAUCAAGAGUGCCAAAAUCGGUUCUGGAAUAUGAUUUGGUCCCUGCCUAUCCCUCCUAAGCUCAGGAUUUUUCUUUGGUCCUUUGCCUCAAGCAAGCUGUUAACCAAUGAGCAGCGCUUUAAGAGAAGGCUUACUAGUAGUUCAUUCUGUCAGUACUGUACCAAUUCUGAGGAAACUAUGCUGCACCUAUUUCGGGAUUGCCCUAAAGCUAAACAUGUAUGGGAUGCUUUUGUUAUACCUGCAAACAUGUUAACCACCUUCACUUUAAAUUGGAAGGACUAG